AUGCUCCACCCGAAAUACGUGCUGACGAUCUUGGCGGAGUACCUGAAGGUGCUGCGCGACGUGCCCAACGUCGUGCGCGUGUCGACGGCCGUGUCCCAGUCCGUGACCAUCGUCGGGGACCUCCACGGCCAGCUCCGCGAUUUGCAAUUGAUCUUCGAGCAGAAUUCGAUGCCGUCGUCGACGAACCCCUACGUCUUCAACGGCGACCUCGUGGACCGCGGCACGCACUCGCUCGAGGUGUGCAUCAUCCUCUUCGGCCUCGCCGUGGCGGACCCGACGUGCGUGCGCAUCAACCGGGGCAACCACGAGGACUACUCCGUGUGCGAUACGUACGGGUUCACGGACGAGAUCUUCACCAAGUACCCGGGCAAGAUGGGCAUCGAGAUCGCCGAGCUCUUCGCCGAGGUCUUCGCGUUUUUACCGAUAGCCACGGUCAUCGACGACUCCGUGCUCGUCAUCCACGGCGGCCUCGGCCGCUACGAUCUCGAGUACCUCAACGGCAUCGCGCGGCACCACUUCAAGACGCUCCAGGGCGUGCCCGAGGAGCUCUGGGAGGGCGAGGACUACGGGUCCAUCAAGCACGACGAGUGGCAGGCGCUCAUGGACGCGCUCUGGUCCGACCCCCAGGCCUGCAGCGGCAUGGAGCCCAACUACAAGCGCGGCGCGGGCGCGACGUGGGGGCCCGACUUCACGGAGAAGUGGCUCGACAACGAGGGGCUCACGGAGCUCAUUAGGAGCCACGAGUGCGUCGAGUUCGGCUACGAGAUGCACCACAACAACCGCGUCAUGACCUUGUUCUCCGCGUCCUGCUACUACGACGGCGAGAGCAACUGGGGCGCGUACGCGCGGCUGAACUCCACGACGAAGGACAAGGACACGGACGAGGUCGUCAACAAGAGCUCCGUGACGCUCCACCAGUACUGCUGCGAGGAGGACAUCUCGAAGAUGGCCAAGUGGCAGAAGCACGACGCGGCCGAGGUCACGAAGGCGUCCGUGGAGCGCAUCCGCCUCAUCCUCUACGAGUACAAGGAGCGGCUCCGCGAGGAGUUUUCCAAGCUCGACGUGAAGAAGAGCGGCUCCAUCACCAAGACCGAGUGGGCGCGCACCAUGAGCCACGUCGUCGCCAUCCGCCUGCCCUGGCUCCACCUGCUCCAGCACUUUAUUCCCGCGAACCAGGCGUCGGGCAAGACCGUGGAAUACCUGCCCUUCAUCGAGGAAUUGAACGCGUCCUUCACGUCCGUCAAGUCGUCCAUGGAGGUGCCCAUCCCCGAGUACAUCUACCGCAACCUGCCGGAGCUCGAGGCCGUCUUCCGCCUCAUGAACGUCGACGGCACGGGCGUCGUCUCGCGCGCGGAGUUCGAGAACGCGUGCGACUCGCUGUCCAUGGCGUCCAAGUCGCAGAUCAGCGCGGAGGAGAAGGAGUUCCUCGUGCAGCAGCUCGACCCGAACAACACGGACCAGAUCUCCUUCGUCGACUUCCUGAACUCGAUCCGC